AUGUUCUCAUUUUGGACUCUUCUGGCUACUGGCUCAAUGGGAGCAGUGGCAGAAUUGACACUAGACCCUCAAUUAAAAUACUGGGUCCUUUUACCAAUUUCUAUAGUAAUGGUUCUCACGGGGAUUCUACGUCAAUAUAUUACAGUGCUAAUUGGACCAAAAUUGAAGACUGAACCAAGAGUAAAACUAACCGAAUCACAAUAUAUUAUUAAAGCUCAAGCGUUAUUAGGGAAUGGGUCUAAUUUAUCAACUGAAUCGUUUGAAAUUAGGAAAGAUUAUCUGGUGAAAAUAUUAAGUGAAGGUAAAUAUGUGGCGAAAGCGAAUCAAUCUCAAGAGGGGCAAGUACCAAAUCCCUUCACUGAUCCUAAUAUGUCUGAAUCUAUGAUGGCUAUGGCAAAGGGUAAUUUGGCCAAUUUCAUUCCACAAACUUUGAUCAUGUGGUGGGUUAAUCAUUUCUUCGCAGGAUUUGUAUUGAUGAAAUUACCAUUCCCAUUAACUUUGAGAUUCAAGGAAAUGUUACAAAGUGGUAUUAUGACUUCUGAUUUGGAUGUUAGAUGGGUUAGUAGUAUCUCUUGGUAUUUCAUUUCAGUGGUAGGUUUGAACCCAGUUUAUAAUUUAUUGUUGGCUGAAAACGCACAAGAUCAAUUGGGAAUGUUACAACAACAAGGCCAAUUGGAUCCAAUGAUGGGAGCCCCUGGAGGUCCUCAACCAGCGGAUGUUAUGAAAGGUUUGGCUAAUGAUAUGACUAUUGUCCAACAUCAAAGUUGCCUAGAUAAUAUCGAAUCAAGAAUCUUGAAGAUGUACGCCAAGUGA